CGUGCGUGCGUGUCAGCAAAACGUAAACAAACCCAUUUUACACGGCCUUACAUCGCAGCCAGAAUUUAAUUUUAAUAUCUGUAAUUAGCGUAAUUAGUGAUUUCUAUUCGUAAUAAUUGUAACAAGCUAGCCGAAGAUACCGGUAAUUACCCAGUAGAAGUGAAGUACGUGAUAUUGGUUUGAUAUAAGACAUCAAACGUGAAUAAUUCCAUGAACAAGUUUUUCCUUCAUCUCUAUCUCAACAAACUUCUCUGAACAACCUAAUCAACCAUGCCGAAGGUUGUAUCCCGCAGUAUUGUCUGCUCCGAUUCCAAGGAUCAGGAAGAAUAUAACGACACUGGCCCAUUGAAUAUCUACUACUGUCUUUGCGGACAAAUGAGCUUGAUUCUGGAUUGUAUUAUUGAGAAACUGCCCCUUCGGCAGUUGGAUGGAGCAAGGGUCAUAGACUCGGCGAAACAUGCCAAUAAGAUUACGGCCGAGCCCAGCGAAACAGUCUUCAUUCGUCGAGAGGCUGGAAUCGAGAAGCAGCAUCGCUUCAAAUGCAAAAAAUGCUCUCUUCCGCUCUACUACCGGCACACCAACGAUACCCAGGUAACGUUCAUCAUUCGCCGCGCGUUGGUGAAAUCGAAGAGCGACACCAGCAUCACGGAGCUAUUUAAACCGGCAGUGGCAGUGGCUUCUCCGCUGGAACCGAAAAAGGUUAUGGUCACCAAACAUACGAAGAAUAUGGGCAAGUUCAGCUCCGUCACGGUGUCCACUAUCGACGAGGAAGAAGAUGAAAUCGAGGCUCGGGAAGUCGCUGAUAGUUAUGCGAACAACGCACGGAUCAUCGAGAAGCAACUGGAGCGGAAGGGUGGCAAGACGAAUGAGGUUGCAAUCAAAGAAAAGAGCGAACCUCCACCAGCUAAAAAAUCACGAGGCACACUUUUGGACACGUAAGAUAUUUUAGAAUCGUUGAAAAAUACAUAAGUAAUUAUAAUAUGA